AUGAACGACCCGUAUUGGCCGGAGUAUUCGAUAGUGCCGGCGAGAAGGAGAUUAGAGAUGGUCGACGAAGGUGAUGAGAUCGUCGGGGGAGGAUAUGACGGCGGCGGAGGAUACGACGGCGGAUACGACGGCGGCGGAGGUGCCAGAGUAUUUGAAGAGUAUUGUGAUGAUCACCAUGAUGAUAAUGCUGAGUGUAAUGUAUUUCGUGUUAAUGAGGAAGAUGAUGAGUGUAAUGAAUUGGAGACUGGUUAUGAUGAUGAUAAUGGUGAUGAUGAAUUUGCUGUUAAUGAGGAAGAUGAUGAGUGUAAUGAAUUUCCUGUUAAUGAGGAAGAUGAUGAGUGUAAUGAAUUGGAGACUGGUUAUGAUUAUGAUAAUGAGGAUUGUAAUGGGGAUGAGAUUGUUGGGCUAGUAAAAGAGGAUUAUAUUUAUGAGGAGACGGUUGAACCUUAUCAGACUCCGAAGAAGAAGAUUGUGAAAACAGUUUUUGGGGAUGAGGAAGAAAUUGCUCCUCCAGAGAUAAACAUGCGAUUUAGUACAUAUGAAGAAGUGCAUGAUUAUCUCUUUAGCUAUGCAAGGCAAAAGGGAUUUGAGAUUUGCAGAACCGCUAGUAGUUUGAAAAGGGCGUCGAAGGGUAGUGAUAUAAAAGUGAGGCGUUGUGGGACUUGGACUUGUGAGUGCGCUGGAAAACCAGCUCCACCAAAGCAAUACAAAGAUCGAAGCAAAUUACCAAAGCAAAUUCAGAGUGCCACGGCUAAGGCAAGGAGAUCCAAAAAAGUAGGAUGUCCAGUUGAAAUGUAUGCAAGUGUAGAUGAAAAGGGUGAUUGGAUUAUUAGGAGAGUGAUGUUGGACCAUCAGAAUCACCAACCCACACCGAGGAAAUCCAGGUAUGUGCCUGCUUUCAGGAAACACAAUUUACUGGAAAGAGAGAAACACUUGGUACAUUUCAUUAAGAAUAGCUCUAAGGCGGGUAUCAGCAAUAGUGAUAUAAUAAAAAUACUGGCCGAGGACAGGGACGGAGAGGAAAAUCUGCCAUGUAAUUCAAGGGACAUUCAAAAGAUGAACAGGGAAGAGGUGAAGUUGAACCUAAGUGGUGGUGAUACCCGGGCAAUGGUUGAUUACUUUAACAAGUUGACAACGGAUAAUCAGAACUUCUUCCACAUGGAAAGGUACGUGGAAGGAGGUGGUCUUCAAGACAUAGUUUGGGUUGAUGCGAGGAGCAGGGCAGCGUACGAAGAGUUUGGAGAUGUAGUAGUCUUCGAUGCCACGUACCUAACCAAUAAGUACCGUCUUCCGUAUGCAAACUUUUGCGGUGUGAAUCAUCACCGGCAGACGAUAGUCUUUGGUUGUGCACUGCUUUCUCGCGAGACUGCAGAGACUUACACAUGGCUGUUUACCACUUGGUUAAACAGCAUGUCAGGCAAAGCUCCUAGUGCGAUAUUAACUGAUCCGGAUGCUGCAAUGAGGAGAGCAUUGAAGGAGACCAUGAAAGGUACAACACAUAGGUGGUGUUUGUGGCAUAUUCUCCAAAAGUUCCCCAAAUACUUGAAUAAGCAUGAGAGAUAUGAAGAUUUGAAGGCUGAACUAGAGAAUGUAAUAUAUGAUAGCGGUGAUCCCGUUACUUUUGAAAAGAGUUGGAAUGAUGUCAUUGUUCACUACGGCGUCAAAGAGAAUGACAAGUACAAUGACAAGUACAAAUGGUUGGAAGGUAUAAAUUUCAAAAUACGAUUUAUGUUGUUUAAUAAUAAUGAUUUAUGUUGUUUAAUACUAAUGAUUUCUGUUGUUUAA